AUGGAAUUAAAGGAGUCUUAUUCUAGUUUCAAAGACUUUGACGAUGAUGAGAGUGAUAUUUUUAAAUCUCUAAUAGAAGAUGACUCAGAUCAUUUGAGUAGAAAUCAAUGCACCAUACAAAUUAACAAUUAAUUACAAAAAAGUGCAAUUUAAGAUAGUUCUUCCAUAUUUAGAGGAAGUGAUAAAUCAAUAGAAUCUGAUCAAUCACCAAUUAUGGAAUAACCACUAUUAAUAAAGUAACAAUAUAGUAGGUAAUUCCAAAAUCGUUUGGGAUUUAUUCUGUAGCGAACUAGACCCAAAAGAAAGCAGGAAAGAUAGAGAUGCAGUUUGGAUACCUCAGCUAUCCUAAUUAAAUUGUUGAACUCCAAAAGACUCUAUAGAUUGGCAUUUAACUUCUAUAUAUUCUUGAGCAUUGUAUUUCGAGGGAUGUGUUUAGGAGUAACAUUAAUAUAGACUAUAGUAUACAGUUUGGAUAGACAAUGGUCUUGCUGGUGGUCAUUAGGAGGUUUUGUGUUAUCAAGAAUAAUGUUUGGGUUAUCAAUUUAUAAGUUAUUAAAUACAGGUGAAUAGACAAAAGAUAAAUCUGUAAAAAUGGUUUAUGAAACCUAUUUAAAGUGGUUUGAAGACAUUCAAGUGAAGAUUAGAUAAUUGGAAAGAGAAACUAGUUCUCUUAUUAGAAGGAAUCAAGUUGAUGAAGAUCAAUUUUUAAAGUAAACUAAAGAAAUCAAUCGAUUAUAAAAGUGGUUAUUAUUUUAAAAGACUUAUUAAAUAUUUAUUCCACCAGAAUUGUCAUUUCUAUAAUUUAGGAAAUAGAGUAAUGGAUUUUUUUAGGUGCAAAACUUUAUUAUGAAAAGCAUAGAGCUGUUCUUCUUUAUGCCUGCCUUUCUCCAUUUCAUUAUAGUUUUUAAUGUAAAAGAAAUAGAGAGGAUUUUUAUUUUAGAUUUCACAGAACAUUAAAUAUAACAUAUUUUUAGUAUUCUAGUCAUCAUAGAUAUUGGAGCUUUUAUCUUUAUAUCCUUGGCUUUGCUAUACUUAGGAAAUAAGAAAUAAAAAGUGAAACCAAAAUGA